AUGGCAGAUUUUUUUAAGUCUGCACUGGGUUAUAUUAGUGGCAGUGGUACUGGGGGAACUGACAAUGAUUUUGUUGGUCAACAAGUGGAACUAGGGGACCAGAAACUACGAGUAAGGCGUGUGAUCGCAGAAGGUGGUUUUGCCUUUGUGUUUGUGGCACAAGAUAUAGCAACUGGAAAGGACUAUGCUCUCAAGAGACUUCUGGCCAAUGAUGAAGAGAAGAACAAAGCGGUUAUGCAGGAGAUCCGAUUCCUUAAAAAAUUAUCAGGACACCCAAACAUCAUUCAAUUCAUUGCUGCAGCUUCCAUUGACAAAUCAACCUCAGGUCAUGGACAGGCUGAAUAUCUUCUCCUGACUGAACUGUGUAGUGGGGGACAACUUGUAGACAUUAUGAAUCGACGGUCCACUCCCCUCGGAUGUGAUGAAGUAUUGCAGGCUUUCUACCAGACAUGUCGUGCCACUCAACAUAUGCACCGUCAGAGCCCACCCAUUAUACACAGAGACCUCAAGGUUGAAAACUUACUAUUGAGUUCCCAGGGCAGUAUUAAAUUGUGUGACUUUGGAAGUGCUACCACUGCAACACACGCUCCUGAUAACUCCUGGUCAGCCAUAAAACGAAGUCUAGUGGAAGAUGAGAUUACAAAGAACACGACUCCAAUGUACAGGGCACCUGAGAUGCUGGACUUGUACCAAAACUUCCGUAUCGGAGAGCCUGGAGAUAUCUGGGCUCUAGGAUGUGUGCUCUACAUGCUGUGUUAUAAUGUCCAUCCCUUUGAGGACUCUGCUAAACUCAGAAUCAUAAAUGCAAACUACACCAUUCCUGAAUCUGAUACAACUUAUACUGUCUUCCAUGACCUCCUCAAAUCUUUACUGAAGGUUGAUCCAGAUGAACGCCCAGAUAUUAACACAGUAGUGGACCAGUUACAACAGAUAGCAGCGGCCAGAAAUGUCAACCUCAAGGGAAAGCUGAAACUUGCUUGUGAAAUGGAGCUUAAUGUAAUGGAGGAUAAUGAAGUUCAUAUGCAACGUGAACGUGGUGGAGCUCAGCAACCAAGCAAUGUUCCAGAUUCUGGCGGCUCUGGUCAACAGUCAACUGCUAAUAUGCUCUUCAGCUCCAUCAAGGGUGGAGCAGGAAACCUGAUGAAGAAUAUCAAAGAUGCCUCAUCUAAAGUCAUGGAAACCGUAUCAGCGACAAUGAACAAAUCUGACCUUGAUGUCAGUAGUAUUACAUCUCGAAUAUUAGUGAUGUCAUUCCCUGCAGAAGGUGUAGAAUCUGCAUUUAAGAACCAUAUAGAUGAUGUGAAGAGUUUCCUGGAAUACAAAUAUAGAAAUGGCUAUGCUGUCUACAAUUUAUCUCAACGAACAUAUAGAGUUGCAAAAUUUGAAAAUAGGGUAUCAGAAUGCGGCUGGGCAGCUAGGAAGGCUCCUACACUAGCCAGUUUGUUUGCCAUAUGCAAAAAUAUGCAUCUUUGGCUACGACAGAAUCCCAAAAAUGUCUGUGUUCUCCACUGCCUGGAUGGUAAAGCAUCAUCAGCCACAGUGGUUGGGGCUUUCCUUGUGUUUACACGGCUGUUUGAGUCUAGUCAACAGGCUAUGCACAUGUUUACAUCACGAAGGUCUGCACCAGGAGCUUCACCAGCACAGAGAAGGUACAUCGAGUAUAUAUCUGAGAUUGUUGGAGACCCUCCCACUCUUCCACACAACAAGGCUGUUAUGUUUAAGUCUCUGUCAAUGUCACCAAUACCACUGUUUAGCAAAAUGAGAAAUGGUUGUCGACCAUUUGUUGAGAUCUAUGUGGGUGAAGACAGAAUCUUGACAACAUCCCAGGAGUAUGAAAAGAUGCGAGGGUUUGUGAUCGAAGAUGGCAAGGCCACUAUUCCUCUCAACAUCUCGGCAGUUGGGGAUGUCACUAUAGUGGCAUAUCAUGCAAGGUCAACCUUUGGGGGCAAAGUUCAGGGCAAGAUCACAUCGAUGAAAAUGUUUCAAAUACAGUUACAUACAGGAAUGGUGAAACCAGGGACAACAAACCUUAAAUUCACACAAUUUGACCUUGAUCAGCUUGACACAGCAGACAAAUACCCAGAGAUGUUCUGUGUGAUGAUGGAUGUUGCCGUGGCAACCAAUGAAAGACCACGUACCGAUCCAAGUUAUCCGUGGGAAAAAUUUGAUUCCUCAAAACUUAGCCCAAAGAUUUUAUUUUCAUCGAAAGAGGAGCUACAUCAGACAUGCUCAGAUUUUGGUGUAUCAAAUCGAGCCAAAAUGCGACUGACACGGUCAUCUAGCCAGAGUUCCUCCAGUGAGACAGACAGCCCUGUUCACAUGCAGAAGACACCAGAGAGACAGGUAAAACAGGAAGACAAGUCAGCAGAAGUGAAGGAAAAACCUGUGGCAAUGUCUGGCAAAAAUUUCUUUGCUUCACUAAACUGGCAAGGUGAUACUAGCCAACAGGGUCUUGAAAAUGAUGCAAAGCCUAAAAGCUUGUUUGAAAUGGAGUCUGAACAGAAUCUGCUUGACGGUGAAAGUGAUGAGGAUGAAGACUUUGCUUCACUGUCACAUGGGCGAAAGUCACAUGACAAGAAUGUAGGUGCACCUAAUCAGCCAAGGACCCAACAAAAUGGAAACGUAGUACAUGCAGAUUUGUUGAAUAUCAACAGUUCCCCAGCACGUGUUGAGCGUGAUAUAGAUUUAUUAAACAUUAAUGAACCAAGUAAUUUAGACCUACUUGUGGGAAGUGAUACUGAGGGUUCAUCGUUUGAACCUUUUAACAAUGCAGGUACAGUGGAUAAUAGUGACACUUUUGACCCAUUCCAAAAUCUAGGCUCAUCCCAACCCCCGCAAAGUAAUAACCAGACCAAGGGCAAAGCAGAGACAUUUGAUCCCUUUGCAGAUUUGUCAUCAAGAGCUCCAAGUCAAUCACAGAACCAAACAGCCAAUACAUUUGACCCAUUCCAAAAUUUUGCUUCAUCUCAAAGUAAAAAAGAGGAAAGUAAACCACAGUCUUCAACCAAUCAAAAUGGAGGAUUUGAUGCAUUUGAUAUUUUGGGGAAAACAGACUCUAGUAGUAGUAACACAUUUGAUCCUUUUAGCCAAGUGCAAUCAGAACCAGCCACCAAACAUAAAGAAAAGGAUGAAUUCUUAGAGUUUAUGGAGAGUAAAGUGGACAAUACAAAGGAUGAUGAGCCAAACUUGAUGGGUAACUGGUCAACACCAAUAAUCAACAUUCCAGGAGGCACCGCCUCCAACUCCUCUGCAAAUUUGACAAAGAGCAAUUCAGCAUCAAAUUUUCAGCAACAGUUCCCAGGAUCCAACAUUCCGCGGAAUAACAGUGGUACAUUCAUGGGUGGACAGUCUGCUAUGGGUGGAGGAGGACAAACUGCCAUGGGAGGGGGACGACCAUCCCCAUCAUUUGGUAGCACAGGUAACCUUGGUCCACAACAGAAAGCAGAUCCUUUUGCAGAUUUCGGGAGUUUUGGGAACAAACCCAAGGGUCCCACACUGACAGGAGCCAAGCCUACUACAGUCCCACAGUCCUCCCAGCCUCAGCGUCCAGCUUUCAGUGGUAGUGGAGGAUGGCAACAACAACAGCAACCUCGCAGUUCUCCCCAGGGAUCGCCCAAACCUCAGCGCCCUGCCGCCCCGCCUUCUCAGCCAACCAAACCUAACUAUAACGUGGGCUACACUAGUGUACUUGGCAGUCGGGAUGAGAGGGGCACUAGGAAACCAUAUUUAGGUACCAAGCCCAAGUUAGGCGCCGACACAUUUGGGGACUUACUCGGAGAUCAUCAGUUCACGAGCACCAAGACGGGCGAGCCUAAGUCCCUAGCAGACAUGAAGAGAAAGGAUUUAGAGGAAGAGAUGGACCCAGACAAACUCAGGAUCCUGGACUGGAUCCAAGGCAAAGAAAGAAAUAUCCGAGCACUACUUUGUUCCCUAGACAAGGUCCUGUGGGAAGAGGAAAAACGCUGGAAGGGUGUUGGUAUGUCUGAAUUGGUCAGUGCUGACCAGGUGAAAAGAGUUUACAAGAAAGCAGUGUUGUGUGUCCACCCUGACAAGCUGACUGGGACGCCAUAUGAAGAUAUAGCCAGAUUGAUAUUUAUUGAAUUAAAUGAUGCAUGGGCACAAUUUGAAGAGGAAGGCAUGAAAUCACUUUACUAGGACCUACAAACUUGUGAAUGUUCUUGUACUGUUAUAUCCAGCAUACAUGUAACACCUUAGUGAAACUGAUUUCUCUGUUGUGUUGUGAUAGGAGGUAUAUGCAAGAUUUGUAUUGAUGUAAGCAUUUCUGUACAGUAUACAAACAACUUAAUGGGACAGCUGACCUCAAGUGUCCUGUAAGACCUUGAGACAGGGUGUUCCAUAUAUAUGAUUAAAUACCUGGAAUUUGGUUGAUAAAAUAUUUCCUGUGCAUUUGAGAUUUUGACAAACUAUUACUAGGGAAUACUCUGGAAAAAUUUAAAAUAAAAAGAAAUUGCCUUUUUCAGAUAGCAGUUGCUUGAAAGACAGAGUUGCAUAUAUCUCAAAAGGACAAAAUCUAAAAUGUUGCUAAUAUGUAUAGAUAGGGAUUCCUGUCAGAACAUAAUUAUUCAUUUGUAAAAUUAUUAUUUAUCAUGGAAUGUUUCAUUGAUAUUGUUGAUCAAUUUAAUUCUUUUCUGUUAAAAGAAUAAAUAAAUGAAAAAAUAAAAAAUGACAGAAGUAAAUGAGAAAUUAUUUCUUAUUUAAUUUUCUGUGUUUGAUUACUGCUACUAUAGCUAAACACCAGUGUUCAGUUCCCAGUGGUUGAUUAGUAAUCUGCGAAAGAAGAGGACAUAUCAAACUGAUACAUACUGUUAACACUGUGUUCAUGAUACUUCUAUAAUGUAUGCUCAUGUUCCAUAUGCUUUAUAUUAUUAACCACAUAAUAUCUUUUCUUAAUUAUUAACAUUGCCAUAGGAAUCUUUUUCAUCUUCAUUUUCUUUCAUUAUUAUUUUACC